CUAGGAAAUCCAAGUGCCCCAAGUGUGAGUUCUUCCGUCGCCAUAGACCUUGAAAGACAUUCGUGAAGUCAGUCCAACGAAAUUUCGAUGAACCCCGAGGACGAGUCCGAAUACAGAAGUCCAUCUGAAGGUCUAUGACAACACGUCAAUGGCUGUAAAAAGAGUAUAUCUGCCCGCCAAACCUCUAUCGCCAACCAUUGUCUGAUGAUCGAACCAGAUUAGUAAAUUUUGACAUUUAGAAUUUCGGCUUCGGUAUGAGUAAUAACACAAUAGGCGUUCAAGAACUUCUUUCUAUGCUUGAGUCCAACAAGUCUCGUGAUGUCGAUGAAACAAAAAAGGUCUUUCAUGAUCACUUUUUGUCAACGAAAGAUAACUGGCUGGUUAAUGGACUCUUUGAUUAUUACUUGUCUACAAAUUCGGUUAGAGCCACUGAGGUUUUGGCGGGCGUACGAGAGCCUCAUGACAAACAUUUGUUCGAUAGACUUACGGAAGCCCUCGUGAAACCCAGCAUUCCUGGACAAAAAUUACAGACUCUUACACUCCUGGGCCAUGUGGUACGAAAGCAACCCACCUGGCUCUACAAACUUGCCAAUCAUACACUCUUUAAAGAACUUCUUAAAUUGCUGAAGUUGGAGGGAGAGACAUUAUCAUUAAUGAGCGCACUUCUCUUGUUGGUGACUUUGUUGCCAAUGUUGCCAGUAGCUCUAGGACCACAUCUCCACGACAUUUUUGAGGUCUUCGCCCGCUUGGCCUCUUUUUACUACAUUCAAAGUACACAACUUUCUUCCUCCUCAAACUCAGCUUCCGCCGACAGAGAGAAAUUUUACCUUUUACACUUUCAGGUGGGACUCUACAGCCUCUUUCAUAGACUUUAUGCCAUGUAUCCGUGUAAUUUCUUUACGUUUCUGAAACAGCAAUAUCAGCAAAAUCAUGCUUCUGUAUUUUCAUAUAUUGUCAAACCGAUGUUGGAGUCUGUAAGGAUGCAUCCUCUGUUAAUAACAAUGUCUAAGAGUGAUGAAAUAAGUCCCCAAAGAUGGAAAAAGAUGGAGCAUCACGACGUUGUGGCCGAAUGUGGGAGGUUUGAUUUAGACAGGGAUCGAGAAGAAAUCAUACCGCCACCAGUCAACUCUCGUUUUACUCCGAAUCCAGAUCAUUCGUAUCCUCCGGGUGAUAUUUUAGGAGAGGACGACACAUUUUGGUCCCCGAGUAUGGCAAUGCCACCUCACAGUCCUCCACCUUUACAAACGCAGCCUCACGAAAUUCGGUCAACGCCUUCGACCCCGGGUAACAAAAUCAGAACGUCGCCACCUGAAGCGGCUGUUGAAGCCACUCCUGAAACCACCCCUGUAAAGGAUUCGAGGCAGAUACCAUCGAGGCAACCACCGAUAGGUUCUUCUGCAGCGAGAGCCUUAGGCAUUGGAAAUGGAAUGACAGCAGGUAAUUCUAGGCCAUCUACGCCAAAUUCAGUAAUUUCAUCGUUAAAUUUUGUGUCCGGAGACGGAGCGGUAAGAACAUCCUCAAUUGUAUCAUCAAAGCUCGAAAAGAUUCAAGCCGAUAGAUUGAAUGCCUUCCAGUUUAUGCAAACGUCCACGGACGUCGCGAAUGAAACAGACGCCUUAUCAGAAGUUGAUAUUAGUCGGAAUGGAAAGAAUGAUUCGUGGCAAGAGGAUCAAGAAGUGUCGCACAUUGUUAGCGCAAGGGAGGGAAAAAGUGCUUCAGAAAGAUAUUUAGAACGAAGGACGCAAACGAAUGAUGUCGAGAAAAAUACGAGCAUUAAAAAAUCUCACCCCGUUGUGCAUCCCCAGACUUCAAAGGAGAAACCAGGUGUCAAGGUUGAAGAUAAGACAGAUGGCGUUGAACAAAAUGCAAGCAGGCUGAAACAGACACAGGAGGCCGAAACGCAAACCACCGAGUUAUUUCCCUAUGACUUUCUAUUUAAGGAUGUAUUAAAUGAAAGGAAUCAAGAGGUGACAAAUCCUGAAUCUAGAUUGUCUCCCACAACUUUGUUAGAUCGCUUUCUUGAGACUAUUGCUCACUCAAGUAAGUCAAGGACGCUUUUUGGCAAAGCAAAACAGAGGAGGAAGGGAGAUGAAGAUACAGGAGAUGAAAAUGUGGAUGAAGAUUGUUUGCACCUCGAAUACGCCAAUGAGCAAUUGAUACUAAUGCAAAUGCAGCUGCAAUUUGAAAGACAGAGAAGGGAAGUUCACGCCGAACGUAAUCGGAGGCUUCUUGGAAAGCUGAGAGACUCGAGAGUGUUUGAAGAACAUACUGUCGCUUUAAACGACAGACUUCGCAUUCUGGAGAAAGAAACGGAUGCUCUGAGAGCUGAGUUGGAACGCAGCAAAAUAGAGUCGCGUGCAGCAGAGGAACGAUACACGCAAGCCUUGCGUCACUGGCAAUCCAAGUCCGUGGAGGAGCAGAAAGAAAAUCAAACGCUCAAGGAUCGGCUCGAGAUUAUGAAGAUAGAACUGAAAAGCGAAAGGAAAAAAGUAUCGGAAAACGAGCGAAAAAUUCAGUCUCUCGAAGCAAAUGUAUUCGACGCGGGUCACCAGCUUAAGGAAGCUUUAAAAACUGCGAAUCAGGCAGCAAAUCUAAAGACAAAGUUGAACACACUUCAGACAAGGUUUCUUAUGUUUAGAGAGGCGCAAAUGAGGUUACAACGGGAACGCACAGAUGUUCAUAAUUUUGAGGCUAAAGAUGAGACAGUUGAAUUGUUCCAGCGAUCAUACGCCGAAGAGAUUCAAACUCUUCGAAGACAAGUAGAAACUGGUAAGGCUCUGGUCGAGGCAUAUCGGUGUCGCUUAGGAGAAUUGGAAAACAAAGAAGCUCGGAAGGAGACCCAACUGAUAGACCAACAACGACUUCUGCUGGAGGCGAAAGAACGACACGAGGCGGAACUCCAGGCGGUUGAAUCCAAGUACAAAGCGCAAAUGGAGAUGAACCUCCUGCUGCAAGGUCGAAUUCUUGAGCUGCAUGGAAAACUGGAAGCUGCAACUCCUAGUAGGGGUUCAAAGGCUAAUCUCGCCUCUUCGUCUUCGCUCAAGGCCAAUAGUAGUGUGGCAUCUUCCAGCGAAGGUAGUUCCGCGGUUAUUCCAAGCAACUUUGGAGCUGUGGUAAAUGACUGCUGCGAUUCAGCCGGGGAAAUUCUGAACCUGCAUGGUAUUGUAGUACAACCGCCUCCGAGUCCAGUUACGACACCGACUACGUCAAGUCAACAUCGAUAAUAAUAAUAAUUAUUAUUAUUAUUAUCAUUAAUAAUAAACGGUAAUAUUGUACAUUUAUCAGAUUAUUCAUAUUCGACCUUGCAGCUCCCUUUUCAAGAAGGCGGUGCGAUUCGGAGGAAACAUAUUAGUAGCUUCUAAUUGAAUAAUGUUGCAUGAUCACGAUCAUUGGGUGGAGAACUGCCGCGAAUUGUAUCCACUUUCCGAUCGACAGCUUCUUCACGACGAAUUCACUCUGAAUAAAAGUUUAAAUAUUUUGUGAGCAAUCUUAAAACUGUCUUGUGAAUCAACUCUACACCUUUUAUUGAGGGUUUUACUUUUUUUUUCCUGAAGAAAAAGAAAAGUUUUUACUUGCAUUCCUUGCUUUAUUCAUUUGAAUCGCACGGUAAAGUCUAAAUUUCGAUUAAGGGGGGAAUGGGGGAUAAGCACUUGCAAAAAAAUUGUUGUUUUUUUUUGGUGUAAAAUAUUUUUUAAAUAUUGUGACAAAAUUUUUAGUUGUUGGAAUUACAACGAUU